GUGAGGUAGAGGAGAACGAGCGGUGUGGAUGCUGUAACUGAAUAAAUCGCCUCUUAACCACUCCAUCCAACUUCGUCCAUCAUUCAGCCCUUCAACAUUUUGGUGCAGCGAGCAGCAUUGCCGGGAGUUCAGGACUGAUCACCCCAACAUGGAUAUAGGAUUGGAAUGUGGGACGAGUGGUGCCAGACUGUGCAGUGUGGGAAUCCCGCUAUGAGGAAGGCCUCAAAACGUUCAUAGCUGGAACUCCCUUCAGGAAAAAGAAGUCAUCUUCCAGAAACUGGGGCAAUGAAGAUUUCUCAACUACUAUUCUUCAAACCAGGAGAAGAUGAAAGUCUUAUUGCUUAUGUCUAUGGCCUUGCUCACAACAGAUUCUUCUGAUUGCUUGAAUUCCAAUCUUCUAUUUUGCAAGCAACUUCCAGAUUGGGAUGAUGAAUUGACUUGCUACGCAGAGAGAAAAAUAAGUCUAUUUUGCUCCUGGUUGCCUGUCCCCCGUGCUCUCCAAACUACUAAUUAUACAAUCAUUUUAAAGUGGGAUAAAAUCCAGAAACAUUUUUCAAGAACUAUAUCAUCAACAUUUAUUACAAUAGGACAAAAAGACCUUUUUAGAAAUCGUACUGUAACUAUUUGGGUAUCAUCAAAUUAUUCCAGUGAGAGCUGUGUGAAAACAAAGAACAUCUCCAUUGUAAUCAGCAAUGCAGAGAAAUGUGUUAUAAACUCCGUAAGUGCUCACCAGUUAUCAGACAGAUUAAUUAUUACGUGGGAUGCACCAAAAAAGCCUAUGCAACUGCGAUAUAAAGAAGCACCUCCAGCAUCCUCACAGUGGAUAUUGGUGUCCAUAGCAAAUGAUGCUACCAAUGUGACCAUUUCCAAGUUAAAUAGUACAUCUUCAUAUGUUAUUCAGCUCCGAUGCAUAUCCAGUGAGGAUCAUCACUGUGUUUGUGUUUGGAGUGGAGAGAUUUUAGUUCCUCAUAAGCUGACUGACAAGCUAAUAAUUUCAGCUAAUGAAGCCACAGAAAUCUCUCCAGGAAGAAUAAGUGUUUUUCUUCAAUGGCAGAUAAAUCAAAGCAGGAAUAUCAUCGGAUACUAUGUUAAUAUUGAAAGAAUACCCAACAGUUGCUAUGCUCGACUAAAACGCAUCAACGUAACUGAGAGAAAAGUGCACCUGAACCUCUCUAUGGCUUAUUAUAUGUUGAAUAUUUCUGCCUAUAAUGAAGCAGGAGAAUCUCCACAGAUCACUUAUGUUGUUCCAGAUUUCACUGCAAAAGUUUUGCCUGGACAAGUCAGAGUCAUAUCACAGGGAAACAGAAGUGUUGUCACUUGGACUCCAGAAUAUAAUCCAAAGUGUUUUGUGGUGGACUGGGGCACUAGCAAAGAAGAUAUGCACAUGAAAAUAAUAACUAAGCCCAUCAGAAAUUUCACAUUAGACCAUUUACAACCAUAUAAAUUGUACAGAAUAAUGGUGCAUACAUCUAACAUAUGUGAAUGUGAAAGUUUCGUGGAACAUGAGAGGACGUUUGGAGUGACCCACUUCUACUCAGUUCAAGGAGUUCCUAGGACAGGUCCAGCUACUGUGACAAUUUCAAAUGUCAUGAAGCAUUCCGCUAUUGUGAAAUGGACUCAUAUACCUCAACGCGACCAUUUGGGUUUCCUCCAGGAAUACAGAAUCAGCUACAUAGACAUAAUGAAGAAUCACUCUCUGGCUGUUGCUGUCAAUUCUUCUACCACCAGCUACCUCUUAAAAGGACUUAAAGAAAAAACUGCCUAUAGAGUGCAGAUAUCAGGAGUGACCAGUGCCGGAGAAGGAGCCCGGAGUCAUUCACAGAUUUUCACUACUCUGAAAUAUGAUAAAGGGGUAUUUGAAGGUAUUGUUGCUGCCCUUUGUCUUGGCAUUUCAGCUACCAUGUUGUUUCUACCCAUCAUUUGUUCUUUGUUGAUUAGAAGGUCAAGAAAAUUGUGCUGGUCAACAGUACCAAAUCCAAGAAACAGCAGCGCGCUGCAAGAUGUGACAAGAAUCAUUUCACUGGAUAUCCAGGGAUUCAUUUCAAGGCCAUUGCUUCAACUGCAAAUAGACAAUGAUACUACCAGCCUUCAUGUGAUAGAGCAGGAUUCCAACACUUCUUUGGAGCUUCAACCCUUCACUGAGGAGAGAGAAGACAACACGGAGUGUGGUGCAGGCCAGUCUGAAAGGGUUGGUGGCAACCCGGACACCUGUCCCAGUUGUUUGAAAAUCUCUGAAAAAGCAACUGAAAAAGAAAAAGUCAGUUCUAGCAUGAGGGCACCUCUCCUGAGUGAUUACACCAGCAUGGAAUUCAGUCAGAAAGCUAUGCGGAGUCUGGCACCAAAUCUACCUCUGAGGACUACACCUCCUCACGAAGAAGGAAAACUGAACAGGCCAGGGAAAGUGGAGCAACAGGCACUGCUUAUUUCUCAAGACUACGUGAAACAGAGCCAGGUGGUAUUUACGCCAACUGAACCAACACUGAUGGAAGAAAACAGUUUGAACUGAGGUCUCUUGAUGCCUUCCCGUGGCAAGGAUCAUUCCCCAAAACCUUUGAUGCUUGAUCAGAGUGGUUACAAUAUUACAGAGCAGAAACUCUGUGAAUAUUGAUGCUUCUCUGCUUUAAAAAAUUCUAAAGAUAAAGUAGUUUGUGUAUAUAGUUACAUUAGCUAUUUCAGUCCCUUGCUCUAAGAAUUAUCCUCAACUAACUCUUGCAGUCAUGUCAUGGACAAAUCUAGUUCCACAAAGGAUCCUUUUUUCAGGCCACAAUAGUGGGGCUUCAUGAACUCUGCUCCUUUGCCAGACUUGGUUAACAAACUCCUUCCGUCUGCUGGAGAGAAAUCCAACCAACCUGUCUGUCAUUUGCACUUUGGGUACUGUGGCAACUUUCUCAGGAACAUUCCCUGUUCAUUCCUCCCAAAAGAUGUUCCUGCUCAGCUUGUGUCUUUGGUACUUUAGGGAAGCCUGGUGGUGGAAGCAGAUUCAUGUUUUAUUUAAAGUAAAUACAAUGUAAGCUCCUUAGAGCCAUGCAGAUUUGAUUUUACAUUGAUCAUUGCAAAGCAUAGUGGAAAUCCUCAACAAGGGGGAAAGCAAGUUUUCAGCUAUAUCACAAAAAGCUUAGCUAGUCUUCGCUCCAAGAAGCCAGGCAUGAAAUUUGCUCAGUACAUGGACGGGACAGCUUCAAUGAAAACCUAAGUGUUUACUGUAAGUUAUGUUAGUGAGUCAGACUCUUUUGAGUCAACGAUACAUCAACCAGAUGUUUCACUGGUAGAGGUGGCACUUUUUGAGUAAAAAGAAAAACAAGCCCUCACCAUUCAUGGCUUUUGAAGAUUGCAUGGCACUUUCUACAAGCGUGGGAGUAUCUGUUCGAUAUCUUUGCCGAACUUAGAGGAGGAAGAAGUUAUUCCCCAGAGUUCAGGACUUCACAGUGAAGUAGUGAUGCUAUUCUGGGUACGUUCCCACUUUUGACCCAAGCAGCUAAUCAAAAUUCAAGUCUCUGUGGUUUGUUCCCACUAGGAAGAGAAACUGGUAAUGGAGAAGCAGGUAUUUCUUUGCUGCUAUCCUGUUUCUAUAUAUAGAAUAUACAGAGUCCUGUUUCCUGGACAAAGGAGGAAACGACAAUGGAACACAGUGGCCUCUCCUACAGAAACAAGCUUUUCUUUGGCCACGAGCCCCAACCCAAAACCUUUCUUUGGCUUUUUCCAUGGCUAUACCAUGUUUCCAGGCUAUGUCUGUCUCCAUCCUGCAUUUGCUUAAUUAAUUAUACACAUGCCUGCCUCACAAGACUGACCACUGUCCCUUCACCUAAACUGUAAGUUCCUGAGCUGACCUGCUUUGUUUUGAGCUGUGGCACAUGUUUAAUUUUCUUUUGAGCAGCAGUUAAACUCAUAACAGUUGCUAAGAUUUCCAGUUUUACACGUCUUUAUUUCCUACUCAGGAGUUUAAAAAAAACAGAUAUGAAGAUGCCUCUGGUGUGCUUCUCCAUCUAGGGAAGGAGUUACUGGGGAUGCAAGGGAGGAAAGUAUGGUGUUGGAGAAUCAAGAACAAUUUAAUUAAAGAGAACUUCAGGCAUUUAUGAACACUCAUACAUAGAGCUGGUCUCCCUGCUAGCAGUUUGCCAUGAAACCACUGGGCCUUCCUCAUUGCGCAGCGGGAUAGCUCAGCGGUUUGAACAUUGGCCUGCUAAACCCAGGAGUGUGAGUUCAA